AUGGCUAGAGGAUUCAGAAAAUCAGGAGGUGUCAAGGGCCCCAGCUCAGCUUUAACUGAGUUUUUGAAAAGCGAAGGUAUCACUGACGCGUUUCGACAAAGACGUGCAAGAGAGGCGGAAGCUGGCGCAACGGAAAACACCACAGGAACCACCACCGGUACCACCACUCAAGAAACAACUCCUGGUGCGGAACCAGCAACUGUUGCGGAAGAUCAGCGUGAUGGCAUACCUAUAGCCAGCUCUUCUGGUGCAAGUAGCCCUGUUGUUUCACGUCGCGCUUCACGUCGCCAGCUGUCUACUUCCACAAAACGAGAAGAAGACGAGGAUGAUGAGAUUGUUGAAAUGAGAAAAGCUGCUAAACGUAAAUUAAGAGCUGCAAGACGUGGUGCAAAUGGUACUAGUCGCAAACGAGGCUUACCCGGUGAUAGUAGUGAUAGUGACAAUGACAGCAGCGACGAUAGCAAUGCAGACGACGAUUACAGUGAUGACGCAGAAGAUCUAGACAAUGCAAAUAUGAGAGCUUUUGGUGAUCAAGACACUUGUGUAGAUUGUGGAGACAAGUUUGAACUUUCAGUGUAUUCGAGAUUCAUCAAGGAGAAAUCGGGGUACUUGUGUGAUUCUUGUAAUAAAGUAUUGAAAGAACGUGAACGAAAAGCAAGAACUAAUCAGUUGAACGCUAGAAAAAAGAGGAAAAGAGUGGCACAAGCUUUAUUGAAUAGAACCACGGUCAAGAUACCCAAAUUGCAAGAUGUUUGUAUCAAAAAAAUUACACAAAACAUUGAAGACGUUGAUGUGUUGGGCGAUAUUGGGCAGGUGAAUUUGAACAAGAUAUCGCUGAUUUUGUCAAAGAAUAGGUCUUUGAAUGACAAAACAAUCUCGCUAUUCUUGUCCCCCGAUUUGAAGAAUAUUUCCUUUUGGGAUUGUUCCAAUGUUGAUUCAGAUUCGUUGAACAAAAUUGCUUCGUAUUGUCCCAAUUUGGAAUCAUUGACCUUGUUUAUGUGCGGACAGUUGCAUAACGAUAAUUUGGAGUACUUUGCAUCAAAUUUAACUCAAUUACACUCACUUGCAUUGAAUGGUCCAUUUUUGAUUAGUGACAAGAUGUGGCAAGCAUACUUUGAUAAAAUUGCAGGAAAAUUGCAAGUGUUUGAAGUGAGAAAUACUCAUAGGUUUGGCAACGAUUCGCUUUCAAGCUUGUUGGAAAAAUGUGGUAUAGAUUUGACUUCGUUGAAGUUGUCGCGAUUGGAUGGGAUAACAACCCAAGACGCCUAUAGUAAAAUAUCCAACAGCAUAUCGCAAUCAAGGCUCACCCAUCUCGAGAUAUCUUAUCCUACUAAUGAAGAUUUGAUUACUGAUGACAUGAUUAUAGAUAUUUUGAAAAAAAGUGGUGAAUCCUUGGUUUCAUUGAAUGUUGAUGGUUGCUCAGCUUUAACCGAGAAGUUUUUACUUGAAGGGGUAUCCAAGUACUGCCAUAAUUUGACCAAGCUUUCAAUGAAAAACUUGGAUCAAGUCUCCAAUGAAGGAUUUGCAGCAGCUUUCAAUCAAUUUUCCGAAGUUAAUGCUGGUGGAUUGAUUGAGGUCAACUUGAUGAAAUGUACCGACUUGGGAGACGAAGCAAUUUAUGCUUUGUUAAACCACUCUUGUCAUACUUUAGUUGAACUUAGUAUAAACUCAUUACAUCGAAUUUCAAGCGACUUUUUGUCUCAAAUUUUCACAGAUGACAAUCAUCAGUUUAAGAAGCAAUUAAAAGAGAGGUACGAUGAAGAUCUGAAUAUUAAAUACUACCAUCAAGUUGCUUUGCCUUUGUUAACUUAUUUGGAUGCAUCCUUUGUUAGAGCUGUUGAUAAUGAGAUUUUAUCGUUGCUUGGCGACAGUUGUCCAAAGAUGCAAAUUAUUGAAGUGUAUGGGGACAAUAGAUGUAAUGGGAAGGCGUCUCUCAGAGAUGGAUUGAUGGUUAUUGGUCGUCAGACUGAUGAAAUAUAA